GUUUCUUCUCUUCAAGCCCUUCUAACGCAUUAAAAGAGGACAGAUCGAGCGCAAGCGUCACACGACAACAAAAAAAAAGCUUCUCUACCCCUCCCCCUUCUACUGCUAUAUAGGCUUUGCAGGCAACAGCAGCAGCAGCAUCAGCAGCAAAAGCUCCCGAAAUGGACCCCGUCACGGCGGAGAAGAUUGCGGCCAGGCGUCGAUACCGACGGAUCCGCCACGUCCAGACUCUCCUCUGCUGCCUCGAGGCUCUCUCCGCUUUUUGCCUACUCUCCUGGUCCACCGCCCGGCUCCCGGCUGCUGCCAGACUCUCCGCCGGCCUCCUCCGACGCGUCGCCCCCGUCCUACUCGGCCCCCGCUUCGUGUUCCUCCUUGGCAACGCCAUCGUCCUCGCCCUCUUCGCCAUGUCGGGCCGUCACCCCGGCUCCGCAGCUCCCUCCGCCAGCGGCGGGGAGAUCCACGACCAGUUCCUCGCCUACGAAAGCCGGGGGAUCCGGUCGCAUGCGGCCGGGAAGGAGAAGGCGCCGCGCGCGUGGCGGAGGAGCCGGUCGGAGAGGAUGGAGCGGCGGCGGGGUCACCGUGUGCCGGAGCUCCGCCGUUCUAAGUCGGAGGUCUCCUGCCAAGAGGUGGCGGUUGCGGCGACGGAGAAGGAGGAGAGGGAGGCCGACGCGGAGGAGUUCCGGCGGACGAUCGAGGCGUUCAUCUCGGAGCAGCUGAGGAGAUUCCACCGGGAGGAGUCCACAGCCGCAGUUGUCGCUUCCGCAGGAACACCAGACACCACCACCACCACUACGACGAUAUCGUGCUUUGGAACAUAUUAUUGCUAAGGUGUAUAGUUUUUAUUAUCUGAAGCUGUAAACAGUUGAUGCAACUGCUGGAAAUAUUAUGCUUCAUUCCACGUAUACAUU